GAUCUGUAUAUAAGGAAUUCCAGUGAAGCCAAAAAUGACAUUAUCUUCAAUUGCAUAUCUGUCUCUGCAGCAAAUUAAUGGUAAAAAUGAGAACAAUCAUGAGCUUGGGUGUUAUAGCAAUGCUGCUGAAACUAGCAGUGGCAGCAAAUUACACCGUUGGAUCUCCAAAUGGUGGUUGGGACACCACCACUGAUGUUCAAUCCUGGGCAACAUCUCAAUCCUUCUUGGUUGGAGAUAACUUGAUUUUCCAAUAUGGACCAAACCACAAUGUGUAUGAAGUUUCAAAGGGAGAUUAUGACACCUGCCAGACCAGUAAUCCAAUUCAAACGCAAAGUGGGGGCUCCACCGUCAUUCCUCUUUCUUCUCCAGGCAAGAGGUACUUCAUCUGUGGAACACCAGGACAUUGCACCCAGGGAAUGAAGCUUGAGAUUGACAUUCUUGCGACUGCACCGCCGCCAGCUUCACCUACAAAUUCUCCACUGCCAUCCUCUCCGCUCACUCCUCCUGUUUCCUCUCCUUCUCCAUCUCCAAAAAGUUCUGGUUUUCCUUCGCCAGCACACUCACCGGAACUCGCUCCUACAUUAUCUCCUUCAUCUCCAUUCCCACCUGAGUCGCCGUCGGAACUUCCUGAAUUCUCUCCUACUAGCUCCCCUCUACCUGGUGUUUCUUUAGCUGCGCCACCAUCAUCGGCCAACAAAGACACCAUCCCCACAAAUCUCAUUAUAAGCUUCAGCCUGAUCAUGAUGAUGAUGAUGAAGCUUCUGGGCCUUUAGGCAACUGGAGCGAAAGAUGAUUCUUUUAGACAACGACCGGUUGAAUGUUUUCUUCAUUUCCUUUUUCUUGUCUGUCUUUCAAUGUAUCUGAUAGUUAUAUAUCUAUUAAUUGCAUUAGAAUGAU